AUGUAUACACCGACCGAAGGAGAUUUGGUGAAUGUGAUCCAGCUGCUUCACAACAAUGGAGUUGAGGUGUCCAAUUCGAAGGCGGCAUACACCCAGCUCAAGCAGUACGAGUCGAAUCCUGCUUUUUGCAUUCUGCUCUCCGCUGUUUUCGGAGCAGAUGAAAAUCCUGUAGCGGGUAUGGUACUCCCAGUUUGUUGGUCUCAGUAUCGUCAACUCGCUGGAAUCACACUCAAAAACAAUCUGACGUCUGUCCGCCAUGCCCUUGGCGAAGACGCGGUGAAGGAAGCCGCACGCUUUGCGCUGAAGUCGCUUGCUAAUCCUCCCGACACGCGAAUUGCUCGUACUUCGGCGCAAGUGGUUGUCAAGGUAACUGCAUUGACGUCACUUGAAUGGUGGAUGAGCUCGGGAGUUGGUGACCUUCCAAACAUUUUGCUCAACGAUCUGCUUCCAUGCGGUGAUUUAAAAACUCUCGCCGCACUAUACUGCCUUCAGUACUUAAUGGAAGAUGUACCUAAGCAAAUCGGUGAAUCCAGCGGACAAAUCAUUCUGCGGGUUUCGCAACUGGCGGUUUCCCAGUGUGCCCCGGUGACGAUAAGAAAAGCUGCCUUUCGUAUGUGUUUCAACAUUUAUGAGCAAUCAUCGCUCCUUGACUGGAAUGUUGACACGCUUUCGCCACUGCAGGUAGGCCUAUCAAAAGCCAGUCAGAGUUUAUCAAGUGUAUGCACAUCUCUGCUGGAGUGUUCGUGUUGUGAGGAUCCGGCGUUCAUGAUUCUCGUUUUGCGCACCUGCUCAUUGCUGCUGGACUACUUUGAUUUUUUCACUCAGAUAAGUCCGAGCGAAAUGCAGAGGUACACAAACUGGUGGAUCACUAAUUCUGCUCAACUUAUUCGCAAUAGUCAGAACAGCAUCAAUGGCAAGGAGGAACUAGUUGCCGCAGCGAUCGGCUUAAUAUCCACUACCGUAGAUCUGUAUGAUCGAAACGGCGGGGAAACAGGCGCUGCUUUCCUCGUUUCUGGUGUAUCACAGCUGAUCUUCUCUUUAGCUCCAGCUCUUGUGCGCUAUGCACUGCUCUCGGCAGAGGAGGUGGCAAGCAUCAUGGACACAGACGACUACCGUGUUCGGGAUAGUACAGCUGUUAGUUUCGAAGUGAAUGGUGGAACAAAAGAUAUUUCGGAGGAUAACAUGAUGGACGAUGAUGCUGCGGCCAUGACGCUGCGAAGCUCUGCUUUGAAACUAGUAGAUGUGCUCAGCACGUUCUCGAGUGAUGCAACAUACCAGGCUUUCAUCGGUCCUAUUCAGCAGCUAUGGAGCAGCAGUGAAUGGCGCGAGAGAGAGGCCGGCAUUGUCCUUGUUGGCACGAUCGCUAACGGAUGCGCACACGAGCUGAGCGCUGUGCUCGACUCUCUGGUGGAGCAGUUUCUUCAGUUUAUCAGCAAUCCAUGUGAGCAUGUCUGUGUCGUGAGCAUUGCUGAGUGGUCCCUGUCACGGCUAAGUGAGACUGUCUUGAAUUCGUCGCCUUGCACAAUGGAUAGGAUUAUUCCACUCCUUAGCUCGAGACUGAAGAGCACAAGCAAGCGGAUUCAGAUUACAAGUGUCAGCGCAUUAAAUGUGAUUUACGGAGCCUUAGAGAACUACGGUAGCACAUCGAUGGUCAUGCCUCACUUGCCAUCGUUACUAGAGUCGGCCUGCGCGUGCCUGUCAGUGUAUUCGACCACCAAUCUCUCCCUCUUGGUUGAUUUUCUGAGCAAGCUAAUUGGCCUUCUCGGUGACCGGUCGACAGCUGAGAGGCUCUCUGCUCUACUUCAGGAUGAGAGGACCAAGCGCGCAUCAUUGUUCGAGCAGUCUUACACAGCAAUGUACAUUCGAGAGGAGCCGAAUGUUCUACUGGACAAAGACAUUUUUUCCUUGGACCGUGCAAUGAUCGCUUUUAUCUCGAUCUACCCUAGCAACGAAGUGGCGAUCCGGAAUUUGAGCACCUGGAGUGAUGUACUUGCAGACAUCAAGAGCCGGAACGUCACGGAUGACGCUGACCUUAUUUUCAAUACGCUGCUCAUCUGCAACGCAUACACCAAUUCAGUUUCUACAGCGAUCCUUGAGGAGUGGCUGAGGUCAACGUUGUGGGGUUUGCCGGUUUCUGCUGCGCAUUUCCUGACAAACUCGAGAACACGCGAAGUGAAGGUAGCUGGGAUUACCGUUUUAUGCGGGCUCCUUCACGUUGUUGGAUCGGCUGCACUGCCUACCGGCCUCCAUGACACUCUCAUGAGGUGGGGUACCAGCGAAGUAUCUGAGGCCGAGGAUCCGCAACUCAAAGAGCAUCUUGUGCGGCUUAUUGGGAAGACCACGUCAUGCUACCCCGGCCAGCUCUCUGCGGUUGCGACAGAAGCUCUAAAGGCUGCAAACGCUGCGUUGCGAAGCGACGUCUUUGGCGACUCCGCUUACUACUUUUCUGCCAUGGCUUUCGAUCUAUGUAGCGUUCUUGGUGCGAUUCCAAACUGCGCGGCAUUUUUUCGCAUUGAUACAUUGUCACAGCUCAUGGCACAGGCGGAGAACACAAUAGACAAGUCGGAGGCUACUAUUCAUCUCUUCCAAGCACUCGUUCAACUACCAGCAGAGAUUUUUUCAGGGAUCUUUUCUUCUGCCAUCAAGAUCGUGUACAGCUGGCAACAGGCUGCGGUGCACUACCCUGGAACAAAGGAAGCGAUUCAGUCGUUUUUGUUUCAUGCCAGAAAGACAUGCCCUAGUAUGUUUCAGUCAAUUCUUGAGGGUCUUCCUGCGGCUUUCCGAAACAUGCUCGUAUCUUUUUACCAGCUGCAGUAA